AAGUUAUUAUCAACUGGACUGGCCCUGAAUGGAUGGCUGAGAGCGUGGCAGCCCAGUAUCCUAGCAACCGAGGGGAUAUCAGGAUCCUGGAUGUCGCUGCCGGUACCGGGUUGGUAUCUGUUGAGUUGAGGAAGCAUGGCUUCGUGCACAUCGAUGGUUUAGAGCCGUCCGAGGGAAUGCUUCUCGAGGCCAAGAGAAACAACUUGUAUGAGCAAUACAUCUUGGACAUGCUUGGGGAAAACACACUGGACAUAGCUGACGACACCUACACAGUUGUAACGAUGUCAGGUUUGAGUCGGGAGGUGAUGAAGAAGCUGCCAGUCAGGGCCCUGGAGGAGAUGGCGAGAGUGACACAACCAGGUGGGCGUGUUAUGAUGAACGCAUAUGACUACAAUUUCCAAAGUGAAAUAUUUCGUGUGAAUCUAGCCAGUCUGGAAUGUCGCGGGAUCUGGAAGCUGGAAAGCAAGGAGGCUCGGCAACACAUUUCCAACGGUGUUGGUGGUAUUCUUCAUACCUACAGGGUCCUGUAACGACGACGACCAGAGAACAUUAAUCCGCAUAUUAUACUAUUGCACAUAAUUCCCCUUGACAAACGGCAAAUGUUUCAAAGAUGUCCCAUAUAACUGUGAUAUCACGAUAAAUAAACACACGACAAGGCUCCAUGUAAUUAUUUGCAGCCUGAGUAUCAUUUGUACUAAGUACAAUAUCAUAUUUUGAAAUACUAAUA